GUUAAUUCGCCUGAACUUGCUUUGUUACUCUGUAAACCGUUGAUUUCCGUGGUAAAAAAAUAAUGAAAAUCUGGUCGUUGGUUGUGUCGGUUCAGUUUAUCAAUUCUCAAUUUGCCGAUGUCUUCACUCUGUCGAAUUUGCUUUGAUUUUUGAAAUUGCUUUAUUCAAGCGUGUGUGAGAGAGGACUGACCCAUCUAUGUGUCAACAUUGUUUAAGGCUCACAAGUUAGCAAAACAAAAUGUCUCUCUUGAAGAUGUACCAUCCACUUCAACUUCUGCAGCAUCUUCCAAACCACAGGCAAUGCCAAUCCCAGCUUCAACAACGGCAGAAACAUCAGGGGUCAAAUCUGUGUCUGACAGGACACCUCGUGAACAAUCGAGUGCUCUGAGUGAAGCACCUGUAACAGUUUCUGGGAAUAAUGCUGAAAAAACCAUAAAUACUUCAAAAGCAGCUGUACAGUCUGGGUCAACUUGGAAACAAACUGAACCAACAGCAUCCACAUUUCCAACUGUUAGAACUGUUCCAGUUGGAAAGACGGAAGACCAGCUGCUAAAAGUAACACCUGGUACUACAUUGAAUUCAAUCAUGAUAAACCCAAGACAGAAAGGGAAUCCAAUCAUAAAGUUUAUCCGCAAUCAGCCAUGGCAGUAUGGUGACUGUGUACCUGAUUAUGUGCUUGGAAGAUCCACAUGUGCUCUGUUCCUCAGUUUACGAUAUCACAGCCUGCACCCUGAUUACAUCCAUGGCAGAAUGAAAGAUUUGGGGAAGAGUUUUGACCUGAGGAUUCUGCUGGUUCAGGUCGAUGUGCAAGACCCUCAUCAUGCCCUAAAAGAACUAGCUAAGAUUUGUAUCUUAUCUGACUGCACUCUUAUGCUGGCCUGGAGUGCUGAAGAGGCUGGGAGAUACCUGGAAACAUAUAAAGCCUAUGAAAGUAAACCGCCAGAACUGUUAAUGGAGAGGACUGAUCAAAACUACCAGGCUAGGAUAACAGAGUGUCUUACUACAGUAAAGUCAGUGAACAAAACCAAUGUGAUAACAUUGCUGGAUGCUUUCAAAUCCUUUGAGAAUAUAAGCAAAAGUACUGUGGAUGAUUUAUCUAUUUGUCCAGGAUUUGGUCCUCAAAAGGCCAGGCGUCUUCAUGAAGUCUUCAGGACACCAUUUUUGAAACCAAAACGAAAACCAGAAAAUGAAGAGAGCCCAUCAACAUCUGAGCCAAAACAGAAGAAGACGUCCUGACCACAAGUUCAAGGAUGUGAUUCUUUAACAAGCGAAAAGGCACAAUUAACUGGUUUCUCAGAGUAGCCUGAUUAACUGGUUUCUCAGAGUAGCACUGAAUACUGUGACACUUUCCCAGUCAACGCUGGCAAUUAGUGGGACAUUCUGGAGUGAAGCUCUUAAGGACAAGUCUAAGAUUCAUGUGACAAACUUUUGAUUGUGACUACAUGAUCUCUUACUUCAUGAUGUCUGACUACAGGAUCUCUACCACCAAGGUGAACAACCCACUCGGAGACUCAUCUGUCAAGGUGAUAAUGCCAAGCAAUCAGUUACAUAUCUCAUGGCAGAUACAGGACAUUUUAUUCCUCUAAAGGGCUCAUCUUUGCCUGAGAUAAGGAUGAAGGACCAAUGACGUUUGUUGGUACAAUGAACACUGGAUAGAUGAUUUUUCCAAUAUCUUGCUGAAGGGGUUAUAAGAUUGUAGAACUUUCUUUAAUAAAAAGAGUGGAAACAAA